UUAAUCAAGUUAUUUUAAAAAAGCUAGUUCGGUGGUAGUAUUUCGUGAUGAACUGGAUAAGAUCUGCAAGUGGAUUAGCUGCUUGAUGUAAGAGUGUGCGAGACAGAGAAAGAAUUAACAUGUAUAAGCAAAUAAAUGCGAUUAUUACUCUACCGAUCAACCUAGGACGUCCUUUAUCCAUUAAAACAUUUAGCAGUCAUUGUAAUUAAUUUGUAAAUAAUUAUACAUACUCCGUAACAUAUAAUGGAGUCUACGCCCAUGGUGGGUCAUUAAUAAGACAACCGAGUAAACUGUAUAUGGUCCUGUAGGGAUUAACAAUAUAAAGACGACAAAAGCUCUCCUAAACCCAACGGCAGCUUCAGAUGAAACAGAACGGCUGGGGGAAACCUAUAUACAGUCGCUGGAUCAGUCUUGGUCCACUUCAAACCAAAUUUUAAUUGAUACCAGUAUCAGUCGUGUCAUAUUAAUUAGCAGAAUCAAGGAAGGGAAGUAUAGUAAUGAGAAGAACAGGUUUUCGCCAGGUCGACGUUCUUAAUGGCCACAGUAUGGUGACUAAACAAGGAUACAGCGUCAUAACGGCGCAGUUCACGCUUUCCGCUAUUAAUAAACAUGUUAGGCUUGCCUACCAAGUGAGAAAAGGUUUUGGGGGAUAGGCUAAAACAUAUUCUGUUUCAUAAAUAUUCCUACAACUGUAUAAUUUAGUCAAAUGUAAACCACCUUCCUGGACCUGACCAUGAAGAGGAGAGUCGAUACGUUGAUUGUCGGUAACAGCUAGUCAACGGCUGUUUGAAAAGUGUGAAUAGUAUAACAGUCUGCUUUUUUGCAAAGCGAACGAUCUGCGAUAAUGGUAAUUUUUCAUUGAAGACACCAUCUGACAGACCCAUAGUCUUUCAGUACGUUUGGAGUAAAAAAAAAAAAAGAAGUAAUAUGUAUACUUCUGAAGCUGGAAAUUCCUCUUGAGACGAUAAAGGAAAAAAAAAAACAGUUAUAACUGUAACAGUUAUAAUAGGACUGGAAGGAUAAAACACAAGAUUCAAUAACGCUGGAAUUCAAUUGUCAUGCAAUUCAAAUUGAUCUAAAUAAGAGUAAAAAAAAAAAAAAACUUUUAGUGAUUCUUGACACUCGUGUCUUCCUCUGCUCUCAUGGAGUGGUGCUGCAAACGUCGGUCCACGACAACGCCAUUUCUGGUCGUGGUGUGCGUGCUGGUCACACAGGCUAUGCUGACCACUGCGGCCGAUUUUUACCUGGAGGCCACGCUAGCCAACGGUCAGCUGGCUGUGUCAAAGCGGGACAACGCCACCUCAGGGUCUGCCGUCCGCCUGAAGGGUAGGGACAGUCUUCGCAUCACCUUUUGCUUAAGGCAGCAGACUUCAGUGCAGGUGCGGGGUGUCUUGUACUCUAACGAUGGAGAUGGAGACCAGGUGGGUCUGGUACUCGAUCAGACGUUCCUGGGUACGUUCAACUCUUCACAGCAGACAAACUGGGGGCAGCUGUGGGACGUCUUCCUCCGCAGCCCUCCUUUCUUCCCCAUCGCUGAGCUCGCGCCGGGCAGGCACAGCCUCAGGCUCCUGGUGCUGGGACCAUCGGAUAAAAUCGAGGUCAGCGCCGUCCACCUGCGCCUGUCUGACGAAAGAUUGACCAGGGACAUCUUGACCUGUUCGCUGUUCUGUCACAGCAGCCUGCCUACGGCGCCGACAGUAGCCGGCUCGCUCGCGCCGGCCUAUAUGAAGCAAGCUAGCUAUAUGACUAUGUGUGCAGAGGAGGAUAACGUGAAGGUUCCUCUGUACGCACACGGGGUGAGCGAGUACACCAUCACGGCCACCAUGCCCACCUACCCGUCAUCUGGCAACCAUCGUGAGCCCAACACCACAGGGCUGUGCUUUCCUGACACCUUUGCUUUGGACGUUUCAAGGACGUCCCAUUGCUGCCGACUGAGCCCACCCGGCAACAAUCGGCCAUGGGUCAUCUGUUCGUUUCUAGUGUCAGCGGGAACGGCAGCAUAUCCAAGCUAACAACGAUGAUACGGGUUGAAUUUGAGCUGCGUGGCAAGUCUGACGGGUUUGUGGAUGCAAGCAUGGGUUCCACCCUGAGAAUCAACUUUCACAAGAUGUCUGGCACAGUGACAGUCAGCCCUUCUUACACUGGAAAGUCCCAGACGACAACAACUCUGUCUCAGCACCGGGUGACAUCUGGGGAGAAUGUCGUGACAGUCGAUUUCCCGGAUUUCACCUGGCGAGAGGGCAGCGGCAACAUCAUUCUGCUGGAAUUUGGUGACGUCAUGGUUAAUUCUUUGACCCUCGUCGACAUACAGCUAGAGCGCAGGCCUAUGACAGGGGAAAAAGUACAGACGGUGCACAAGAGUGAUAAAAUGAUCAUGGACGCCAUUGAUGUCGACUUCUGGUGGCGAGAGCCAGAGAGCAUGCGAGUGGUCAACGGGGAGAGUGGACAAAUGUGGGAGGGGGUUGACUACUUCAGGGUGUCACUUCCAGUUCCGUGGAACGGUGGUUUUGCGCAAGUAUUUGUGAUGUACCAAGACGGAAACGCUCGCCUUCUUCCGCUGGCACCCCCUGGCGUGGACUGGAUCCCCUUCGGCUCCUCCGUUCUCAUAGGCCAAAACGACCCGACGCAGCUCCGUCCCUCAGCCCCGAUCUCGAUGGUGACCUUUCACCCGUCAUCCCUCCGCUUCAACAUCAGUUACCGCGACGGCGGCUCGGCGGUGGUCAAGCUGUCCGUGGGCAUGGCACACACCGAAGUCACGGUCUACGAGAUCAAGGACGCACGCCCUGAUCCCUCGCGACCCCGUCCGUUCGCCACGCUGCGUUCCAUGUACCUGGAGGACGGAAACUCGGACUGCGACAGCGUGCUGGUGAACGGCCAAAAGUACUUCCCUAUCUUGGGAAGCUGGGAAGAGGUGGCAGGGAACUCUUUCGUCUUCUUCCGGCGCUGCGAGUCCAAGCAUCUGACGCUCAGCCCUGAUAUCAAAAUUGAUGUUAAAAAAACUGAUUUGUGACUGAUAGGAUUCUGAUGGCAUUUCCUCCCCACCCACCCCCUUUCAACCGUCAAUUUGCAACCCGCUAAAUAUGAUGCGUGGCUCACAUAUCGGAUCCGAGCGUUCCGCCUAAAGGGUCGACCUUGGACAAACUUGACUUCUUCUCGAGCAACUCCCUUGUUUCUGCUAUACAACAACAGGGUGCUACAACUUGCUGCAAUGUGUAUGGCGUUUACAUGGUAUGCUGUCUGGCAGUAGGCUUAGAGAUGCUGAUCUGAGUUUUAUUUAGGUACAGACGGUGCACAAGAGUUGUAAAAGUUUCGAAAUAAGUUGCAUUUGGAGACAUGUGUUUUUAAUAAACUAAUAAGCUCAAGAAGUAUGAUCAUAGAUAGUAUGCGUUGAAGCAUUCACCUACAAUAAUUAUCUAGAAGGAGCUGUAUUUUCGUCAAACAUUAAGGCAGAACAACGCAGGCAGAAGACCAUUUUUUUGACCUUUUUUGUUUUAGUUAAAGCAAAUAUUUCUAUAGCGCUUUAUCUACGAAACCUUGUUCAAAUCGCUUUACACGCAGAUACACCCAAUACGCUAUUCAGGGUAGGAAUGAAAUGCAACUUUCGUUCACGAACAUGCUCACAACACGCUCUUUACACAAUGAGCAACCUCUCUCUUUCUAAUGCAUGCAAACGGAACUAUAGAUUGAUGGGAAAGGGGAAGGGAGAGGAUAGGCAUUUAACGCCGAACCAGCAACUGAGGCUUUAAUAUAUUAUCACGGCAAAGCAGCUAGCACUGUAAAGGUGCCACAUGAUUUAUAGUCGGCUCCACCCUCACAAGAUUAGCUGAAAUUUCACAAAAAGGAUUUGAUUGGGGUUGAGGAGGCGGCAAAGGACGUACGGAUCGCGGUAUUCGGAGGUCGUAUGACGAUGAACUUCCAUUGUUACUGUUCACAUUUUUAUGUCUCUGCCCACAGCGGUUAGUCUGACCGCCUCUAAGUGACAACGCCCACACAUGAUGUCAUUGGGGAGGAGAAUAAAAGGGAGAGAGGAGUGGAGUGAAUCGAAGGAAGGAGAAGUGCGCAAAAGGAAACCCGUACGAAAUAAAAAGGUAUCACAAAACAAACAGCUGAGCGAAGGAAAGGCCGAGAAAAAAAGUCGUCAUUGCGUCUAACGAUAAGAUGUAGAACGUUUGUCGUUGCUCGUGAGGUGCAAUGGCUGGACUUUGGACCCGGAAAUCGAAAAUGAGAUAAACAUCACUGCAUAAGUCUUUCGAGUUCUCCCCUCCCCUGAUCAUCAAACUCUAACUUCGUCAACCUUUUCGUUCCCUUUUAAGUAAUUAUUUUCAUUAAUUUUCUAUUAAAAACAUGUUAAGUAGUUUUUGUUACUAUUUAAUGGUUGCUUGAUGUUUACGUGUUUAGAAUUACUCAUGACAUGAGUGAGGGAUCGACUGACUAAUGUUCACAGCAAGUUCAGGUGGUAGGCCUUGAAAGGAAACUCGACAGAUCAUAUGAAAGGUGAGGUCUCCUCAUAAGUAAACAUCAAGAUUACGUACGUCUGCGUUGUCCUAUCUGCACGCAGACGUCCAAAGUCCACAGCGGCUGUCACCUAAGAAAGAACUGCUUGACCCCAUUUCUUAGGGAGUUUUUAAAAAAGUCCUUCGGUUGCACGGAGUUCAAACAAAAUGAGUCGAAAAAGUGUCCAUGUAUUUCUGGUGUACUUUCAUAGAGAUCUUUUGUGAAAUUUUUCAGGCUCUCCAGGCUUGGAUUGAACACUC